UUUCUGCCUACUUUUGUAGGCGCCGCUUGAGUUGAGUGGGCGAGGAGGCUCACCUCGCCGCAAUUAAGACGAUGGGGCAGCGCAGCGCAGCGCAGCUGCCGGGCGGGCGCUGCUAAUAAUUGCCUUCUGCUGGAGCGGCGCCACCACCGCCACCUCGACGACAAUAUCUCCUCCUGCUCUUCUGCAGUAGCCACAGAGGAAAUCUUUAGCUGCAUUUAUUGUUUCCACCGAAAUCUUGUGAUCGGUCGUUCGAUUGACGUUUUGGGAGUGUGCUCCGCCAUCGGCGUCGAGGUCUUUGGCCAUGAGGAAGGUAAAGUCGGAAUCUUGGCUGGGCCGCAUGUGGCUCGUGAAGAGGAAUGGCGGAGGCGAACCGGAGAGAGUAGCCACCGUUGGCGUCCUGGCCUUCGAGGUGGCGCGUCUGAUGUCGAAGGUCGUCCAGUUGUGGCACGCCCUUCGCGAUGACUGCUUCGCCCGGAUGCGCGACGAGGCCCUUUGCCUCGAGGGCGUGCGCAAGCUCGUCGCCGACGAUGAUCGCCACCUCCUGGCGCUGGCGAGGGGGGAGAUGGAGGACGCGCUCUGCGCCCUCGCCCGUGCCGUCGCCGGCCUCAGCCGCCGCUGCUCCGACCCCGCGCUGCAGCGGUUCGACGCCGCUUUCGCGGAUCUGGUCCGGACCGGGGCCGACCCCCAUGGUUUCGAGUUCACUGGCCGCAAGAUGGAGCGCAAGGUCAAGAAGAUGGAGCAGUUCAUCGCCGCGGGCGCCGACCUCCACCACGAGCUGGAGGUGCUGGCGGAACUGGAGCAGGGUCUGCGGCGGAUGCUCGCCAACCCCGAUUCCGGUGGCCAACGCCAAGGGAGCGGCGGCGCGGUCGAUUUCAAGCAAAAGGUGCUCUGGCAGCGGCAGCGGGUGAAGUACCUGCGCGAGGCCUCCCUUUGGGUGCGGACCUACGAUUACAUCGUCCGCCUUCUCGGCCGCUCUCUCUUCUCCAUCGCUGGCAGGAUGAGUCGAAUCUUCGGACUACAUAAAAAUUCCCACAUUUCCGACUUCUCCACUUCCCGCCGGAAGCCAACCUUCCGCCUCUCCCGCAGCCACUCCGUCGCCGGGGUUAUUCCGCAUUCAUCCGAUAGCGAUGCACACCAUCUGUUCGACUCAGGGCCGCUGGUUCCCCCACGGCAAGAGAGCAGAUCUGGGCCUAUAGAAACCAAUAGGGCCGGCUUGCCUCCUCCGGUUCGGAAGCGCCACAGUCCCCGCACAAAGUGGCCGGUGGCCGGCAGCCCCUUCGGAGGUUGCAUGAUUGGUGGCAACCAGCCGGUGGUUCUUCAGAGCUGCAUACCUCUAGAGCCUGGCUUUCGCAAGUCCAAUGCUGCCGAUGGCGCAAGCCCGAAGGCCAACCUUAAGCAAGUGUUUGAGACAGAACCAACCUCCCAUUUGGCGAACGCUGCGGCGAUGACCCUCGGCGCGGCCGCGCUUUCUCUGCAUUAUGCUAAUGUCAUCAUUGUGAUCGAGAAGCUGGCGGCCUCCCCCAAUUUGAUCGGCCCGGACGCGAGAGAUGACCUCUACAGCAUGCUAACUACCAGCAUCAAGGCAUCGCUGCGAGCCAGGCUGAAAUCGUACGCUACCAAUUUGGCUUCCUCUGUCUACGACCCUGUUCUUGCUGCAGAGUGGAGUGCUGCAGUGGCGAGGAUACUGGAAUGGCUAGCUCCAUUGGCUCACAACAUGAUCCGUUGGCAGUCCGAUCGGAGCUUCGAGCAGCAGCAGAGUGCCGUUUCGAGCUCAAACGUUCUGCUGCUGCAGACGCUGUAUUUCGCAGAUCAAAAGAAGACCGAAGCCGCCAUUACUGAGCUACUUGUUGGCUUGAACUACCUGUGGAGAUACGGAAGAGAGCUAGAUGCAAAAGCCAUGUUGGAGUGCGUUGGGAGUGGAGACUUGGACGAUUGUCUGCGAAUGCAGGUGGAAGUGGAUGCCAUUGCCAAGCCUGCGAUGUCGGAUCAUCAAACAUAAUCUGAGGUAAACUAUGACGCGCUUUGUGAUGCGCAGACUGUCUCGUAUUGAAAUGUGAACUUGCUGUAUUGGUGUAUAGAGUUAAACGAGUACGAUGUUAUGACUUUGGACAUACGCAUGUACUUUUAAAUUUUUAAACCAUUGUUUAAUAUUACAAGAAUUUUCUACGAUAAAA